AUGAAGUUUGGAAAGAACUUGCCACGUAAUCAGGUGCCCGAGUGGGCAUCUAGUUACAUCGACUACAAAGGCUUGAAGAAGCUCAUCAAAGCAGACGUCAGAGCCGCUCAGAGCGGUGAAAAGGUGGAUCUAGCAGAAUUCUUCUUUGCCCUGGACCGGAACCUUGAGGAUGUCGACUAUUUCUACAACAAGAAGUUUUCCGAUGCCUGCCGGCGUCUGAAGCUCCUUCAGGACCGCUAUGGCCAGUUAUCCGACGUAUCCGACCUGGACGUCGAUGAGACUGAAGAGCUGAUGGGUGCCUUACUCGAGCUGCGAUCCCAAUUCAGGAAGCUGCAGUGGUUUGGCGAGAUCAAUAGGCGUGGUUUCGUCAAGAUCACCAAGAAACUCGACAAGAAGGUCCCCAACUCGGCCACUCAGCACCGGUAUAUAUCCACCAAGGUAGACCCCAAGGCCUUCGCCAAGGAUAACACCCUUGCUCGGCUCCUGAAUGAUAUCAACAAGUGGAUGUCCGCAGUUGGUGAUGCGCAGAAAAUUGAUGACAACCGCUCAGAGAGGUCCAUCAGGUCUCUGGGACGAGCCUCUGCGAAAGCAAUGCUCACUAUUCCGUCUUCUCUCUUGGAUCAACUGGACCAGGCCAUCCGGGACAACAACGUGGACGCUUUGGAGAGCCAUCUGAAGGAAACAAAUUUGGUCUUCUCGGAAGCACCAGCCCAGGGCCUGCUUCACAAUCUUCUGCAGAGAUCAAUUUCUGCCCGGUCAAAGAAAUCCAUCGAGUUCCUCCUCGCAAAGAUCAAGACUCUGGAUGAGGCAGAUGACAUCAAUGAGCGAAACUGUAUCCACCGGUUGGUCAUUCAUAUCGGUCGGACCAAGUCCACCAAUGCAAGGGAGACCGACUCUCCAGCAUACCCCUUCCCUGCCGGCAACCACUAUGCCUCCCAGUACAUCACCCCGGCGGCUUCACCCUCGGCGUCACCGGAUUCUCGUCAUGUGAAGGAGACGAAUCUCCUGGGGAAAGACGACGAAGCUGUGCAGGUAUUGAUCUACCUCUUGGGCAAUCUCACCGAGGACCAACGACCUGCCCUGAGCACCAGGGACUCCUUUGGUCGCCUGCCCCUCCACUAUGCUGCCCAGUUCGGUUUCGUGGUGGUCUGUCAAAUCAUCAUGGGAAAGAUGCAGGAGUGGGGUCAAUUCAACGUCGAAGAUGGCAUCGAUGCCGAGGACUGGCAAGAUAAAGAGGGCAACGCGCCACUCCAUCUCGCUGUCAUUGGUGGUCAUCCCCUGACCAUCCAGGCUCUUCUCCAGGGUGAAAACUGGCAGGGAUCUAGCGAAGAUAAGUUGGCCAGGAGACGUGGCAUUUCCAAGUCCAGUGCGGUUCUAGCCAUCGCCACGAAGUCUAACUUCAAGACCAUUGUCAACCUCCUCGUCGAAGCCGGCGUGGAUAUCAACUGGCAAGACAGCUCUGGGGAGACCGCACUCCACAUCGCCGCUAGGUUCGGUCAUGACGAAUGUGCUCGCAUCCUGUUGCAGGGUACAGAGGAGCAAAAGGCUGAUCUGGAGCUCGCGGAGAAAAAUUUCAAUUGGACACCACUCCAUAUUGCAGCCGUUGAUGGACACUUGUCUGUUGCCAAGUUACUGAUCGAAGCUGGAGCUGAUGUCGACAAGCUCGACUCUUCCGGGUGGACAGCCAGAGAACACGCCGCCUUGAGAGGGCACCUUGCCAUCGCUGAUCUGCUGAAGCAAAAUAGCCAGCUGGACGACGCUGCCCUCGCGGCACAGAGUAACGGCGAUGGGCAGCCAGCUGCUACUGAAGGCUCCCCUCCAAAGAACGGGUCUCUUGAGGAUCGUCGCUCUAAGGCAACUGCUCGUGCCGCCGAUCCGGUCAAGACUUUUGGGCAUCGCUACCUGAAGGACGAGAGUCUGGUCUUGGUCAGUCUUGGCUCUAUGGACAUGAGAAGAGACGUCGAUGCGGUCAAGCUGGACCGGGUGCCACUUAAUGAGGCACAUACUACACAGCUCGAUACGGCACUGUCUGUCGUGGUUUCCGCCAACGGCGCCCUAGGCGAGCCCACUAUCAUCGACCUCCCUGUGCAUGAGAACAUCUCCACGGAGCCGAUCGUCUUUACCACAAAGGACGCCAGUAAAGUCAAACUAUUGUUCGAUAUCGUGCCAACCUACUCUGGCAACGAGAAGAACAAGAUUGGCAGAGCUGUGGCACUGCUGUCCAGCAUCCGGCCCUCCGUCGGGUCUAAGCGCAUGAACCUGCAAGGAGACGUCUGUGUGCCAGUCGUUUCUUCGAGCACUCUGGAAGUGAUUGGAACCGUCAAUUUCAACUUCUUGGUCAUCACGCCUUUCUCACACCCAAACAUGGAGGUUACCUCAGAGCAGACUUACUGGAAGAAGUUGGCGUCUACCAUGGUCAUUGGUCACCGUGGCCUGGGCAAGAAUAACACGUCAAACAAAUCGCUGCAGCUCGGCGAGAAUACAGUGGAGUCAUUCAUCGCAGCCGCCAACUUGGGGGCCAACUACGUUGAGUUCGACGUGCAGUUGACGAAGGAUCAUGUCCCCGUUAUCUACCACGACUUUCUAGUCAGUGAGACCGGCAUCGACGCGCCAGUGCACACACUUACUCUCGAGCAAUUCCUGCACAUCAACCCAGACGCACGUCGCCUGAACGGCAAGGACAUGUUCGACCAGCAACUCCGCAACAUGCGCAACAAUGAGGUGCCCGGGCCGAGGCAGCGGUCCAUGUCGGUAGGCUACGGCGUCGGCGAAACACCCGUAGCCGACGAGCGCAUGAAGCACACGCGAGACUUCAAGGAGAAGGGCUACAAGGGCAACUCGCGGGGCAACUUCAUCCAGGCGCCGUUCGCGACGCUCGAGGACCUGUUCCGCGACCUGCCGUCGGGCGUUGGCUUCAACAUCGAGAUGAAGUACCCAAUGCUGCACGAGAGCGAGGAGCACGAGAUGGACGCGUACGCGGUCGAGCUCAACAGCUUCUGCGACACGGUCCUGGCCAAGGUGUACGACCUUGCCAAGGACAGGCACAUCAUCUUCUCGAGCUUCAACCCGGAUAUCUGCCUGUGCCUCAGCUACAAGCAGCCCAACUUCCCCAUCAUGUUCCUCACGGACGCCGGCGACCUCCCCGUCGGCGACGUCAGGGCGAGCUCUCUGCAGGAAGCGAUCCGAUUCGCGAGCAGGUGGAACCUGCUGGGUAUCGUUAGCGUGUCCAAGCCCUUCACCAACAGCCCCCGGCUGGUUAGGGUUGUGAAGCAGCACGGUCUGGUGUGCGUCAGCUACGGCCAGGAGAACAACGACCCGCUGAUGGUCCAGCGCCAAGUCAAGGAAGGCAUAGACGCAGUCAUCGUCGACAGCGUGCUGGCCAUCCGCCAAGGCCUGACCGAGUCCGAGAAUCAGGGCCUCAAUCAGCUGCCGGACUCGGUGGCCGAGGAUGACACGGCCGUGGUCAUCGACACGCAGCCACUGAACGGGGGCGUGAAAGUUGCGAACUAG